AUGGCAGAACUAUUGGCGAUUAAGAGAGGACUGAUUAUUAUCGAAGAAUUAGGAUCUGCCCUAAGUCAGAGGGUUAUUCUAGAAUCGGAUUUGAGUAACACACUGAAAUGGAUUAAAAUCCGGACUCAUGCUCCCCUAUGUUCAGUCCUUGGUGAAGGAUAUAGCUUCUCGUAUGGAAAGACAAGGCACUCUUUUCCUCCUUCCAAUGUCCUUCAUGUUACUGUUGCAACAUGGGGGUAUGAAGGGUUGCUUUCUCACCCUAGUGUUAGACCAUCUGAGUGCAUAUCUCCUGGAAAGAAGGUUCUGGAGGACAUUUCUCACUGGAGUUUAUCCAAAAUGGAGAAUUUAAUAUCGGAAGACUCCUUUCAUGUUAAUGAGCUUCAGACUCUUGCCUCUUUAGUCUUCGUCAAAGGCAUCUAUUGCAGGUCACUUUUUGCGUCUGAAAAAAUUCGAAGUGGGGACUGCAUACUUAAAGUUCCUUACAGUUUGCAUAUAACAACAGACAGUCUUCUUCCAAAGAUUAAAGCUUUACUAAGUGAUCAAAUCGGGAUUAUUUCAAAGCUAGCUAUCGUCCUUUUAGUUGAACAAAAAAUGGACCAGGAUUCCGAAUGGGCCCCUUACAUCCGUCGCCUUCCUCGACAUGGAGAAAUUCAUAGUACGAUUUUCUGGAGUGAAUACGAGUUGGAUAUGAUUCGUCAAAGCUCAGUGUAUCAAGAAACACUUAAUCAAAAGGCUAAAAUAGAAAAGGACUUUGCUGCAGUUGUGCCUGCCCUUCAGCAGUUACCCGAUCUUGAAAGCAUCACACUUCAGGAUUUCAUGUGUGCAUAUUUCUCAGUAACAUCUCGUGCCUGGGAAAGUUCGAAGGGCCUAUCUCUGAUUCCAUUUACAGAUUUUAUGAAUCACGAUGGGAUUUCAAAAUCAAUUGUAUUAUUCGAUGAUGAUAAAAUGCUGUCAGAGGUUAUUGCUGAUCGUAACUAUGCUCCUGGUGAAGAGGUAAUAAUAAGUUAUGGAAAACUUCCAAAUGCCUCACUGCUGUUGGAUUUUGGUUUCACACUUCCCGACAACAUUCACGACCAGGUACAAAUCCAGUUGAAUAUCCCAUAUGAUAUUCUACGUGAGAAGAAAUUGGAACUUGUGCAACAUCAUACACCGAAAAUUAAAGACUCAAGUGUCGUAAGCUCUGAAGACACUUUUGUAAUCAAGGAAGUUAGAUCUCCUCAAGGAAAAGGGAAGGGUCUUCCACAGGCACUGCGUGCAUUUGCUCGUGUUGUGUGUUGCAACUCUCCCCCAGAACUUAAUGACUUGGUCAUGGAAGCUGAACGUAUUGAUGGUCGGUUAGCUCAGUGUCCCUUAAAAGAUAGCCGGAGAGAGUUUAAGGCACAUCAAAUGUUAUUAUCUCACAUCACUCGCUCAAUGCAGAAAUAUGAUGCUUCCAUUAAGUCGCUCGCUCUUUUCAACUUCCCCUCAAUGAGUAAUACGUUCGCUCUUCGAAGGCAAAUGGCUCACAAUCUCCUUACCGGUGAACUUCGUGUCCUGAGUUAUGCGUCCGCAUGGUUGGACAAUUACUGUGCGAUUUUGAAAUCAACAAUUAACUGUUCGAGUCAUUGAUAUUAAAAGCAAAUCCCAAAGGGUAUAGUGAACCGUAAGCACUUAAGGUGGUUUAAGCAAGCUUUUGGAAUCAUCCUUAUGCCUCUAAUUAGGAUUGUAAAUAAGACGAGAUAGAUCGUGAGCUACUCGAGGUCGAUUUGGUCAAAGUUCGAUCAAAUCUCGAAUUGAAUGGACUCAAGCUCAAAAUCGAUUUGAAUUCUUAACGAGUCGAAACGAAUUACUUGAUACACGACUCGAAAAACUAACAUGCAACUCGAAAAAAAAUAUUAACAGUACAAUAAUUUAUUCUUUUUUUU